GGCCAGAGGAGCAGCAGCAACCGCAGCCGCCGCCGCCGCGACAGCAACGCGAAUCGUUGUCGUCAGUCGGGCGAGCGUCUACUGGCAGCAGCAGCAGCAGGAGUAGCCGUCUAAUAGACAGAGAACCCCCUAACGGACGACAGGUCCUGCGGAACGUCGACGUUUCUCAGACGUUAGCUGAUGACGAUGAGCAACCACUGAGGGCUGCAACGACAACAAAAUCGGAACGACGAAUUGGAGUGCGUCUUUCCAAAAAGUGAGUGUGAUUGUGUGUAGUGUUGUCCGCCGACGGCAGAGAGCGAACAAAGGCGGAAGCCCCCCAAAAAGGCGAACCUAACGGCCAAGACCACACGACAACGUAUACCAGGUUGGCCAGCAGCAGCAGCAGCAGCAGCAGCAGCAGCAGCAGUAGUAGCAGCAGCAGUUGUGGUGGUAGUAUUGAUUCAGUAGUGUACACACCCCUCAUCCGACGAGCUUUCCCCCUUAGCCCCGCGAGUCCCGCCGACUGCGGUGGUGAUCAACAGCUGGUGACUCUUGCCGCUCCAGUGACAGGGCCGAAAGGCACGCGCACCCACCAGCGAGCACCCCUGUAGUGGCCGUGAACGCUAGCAAACGCAACCGGAGCGCCACGGGACGCUAUCAAAGCCAGUGAGUGCUUUCAUUCGAUGGCUAUGACCGGCACCGGGCGCGAUCCACUCCAUAGUAGCAGCAAAGGUAGGAGCACAAACGUGCAGGCUUUCGUCGCAGACUCCACUAUCGCGGCUGCGGCAGCUGUUAUUGUGGUUGUUCCUGCUACUGGUUGUGAUGGCGCCUGUUAACAUCACCACAUCAUAUGUGAUCGACUGAAGAACCAAAAACAAGCCCAAAGGGAGAAUGUGGAGAGCAUCUGUGUGCUCGUAAUGCCAGUACGGUUCAUUCGGCAGCAGCGCGGAAGUAGUACGUUAACGCGAAGCAGGCCAACGUAGAACAGGCCACUCACAUCGCACAGCAGUAGUAGCAGCAGCAGCGACAGCAAGCAAGUGAACUGAGACAAAACCCGAUUAAGGAUGUGCUCGCAUUUUGCACCUUUGAUCUAAAGUGGAAGUGUCCGCGUGAUAGCACAGUGUUAACGUAAUUCCCUACUAAACCUAGGGACGCUUUAGGUGAUCUAGAUUCAGAACCGAACGUAUACUGACAUGCCGUGUUUCGUGCUGGAAGCCAGCCGUCUAUAUGUAAUGUUUAACGGCUGUAAAAUUUGAGACAUACUUUUAAGUGGUAGCGUGACGAGCACAAAUUGGCACAGCAUCACUGUGCUCAUAAACAAUCAAAAUCAAUUAAUGAAACAAUAACAAAAUGACCGGUUGAUAGUCAAGGAACAAUUUAUCAUCAUUACGGUCUUCGUAACCAACGAUAAGCAAAAAAAGGACAUUUUCAGAUUGGAUGCCUUUCACCAGCUGCCAGCCCAUGUGAUCACCAUAUGAUCCAUAUGAUGAUGAUGCCGGUAUCACAGUUAUCCGUAUUACGAGAUUGUUACGUAUAACCAAAGGAAGGAAACGUUGGCGCGAGAAAGCUGCGAGAGUGAGAUUAAGGGAAAGUCUCUCGCACCGGCGCACACUAGCACAGUUUGACGCACAACAGGCCAAGUUCUACCCCUCCCCCCUUUCCCCCCCCCGUUGCGAUUUUUUCUGUCCAUCCUACUCUGCGUACGUGUAAGAUCUUCACCUAGUUGAAGAAACAAGGUGAGACAGAAAUAAUAUCAGGAACAGAAACUAACGAGUAUCUCUAUGUAUGUGUGAUACGCUGAGUAAGAGCAAGGCAGCCAGAUAGACAGACGGACGGAUAGACACACACAUAAGCACAUGCACAGCCACGUCAAGUAGUGCGUCGUUAUCACCGAUACAGUGAGUAACGAACGAACGUCGGAUGCAAUAGCUGUGUCAGACGUCGCUGACGUUAGCAGCAGUCAAAGGCGACGGCAACGCGGGCCCACAAAGACAGAUGCAUACACACUGCCACAGGGAAGUAGUCAGCUAGUCAGCCACUUGGUGUAUUUAUUCAGACGUUCGUUUGUUCAGUCAGUGAGCGUGCGAUCAGGCGAGAGGAGUGCGUUUGUCCGCCCGUCCGUCACUACUUCGACGUCGCUGCAGAGCCGUCGUCGUCAGUGAGAGCGGCGGCGAGUGCCGGUGGCAACAACAGCAGCAGCAGCAGCAGCACUAGUGGCAAUAACCGACAGUUUUCGAAGCUGCUAUUGCUGCGGUCCUAAAGUGCAGACUGUCGUUUGGUGACCGUCGUCGUCGUCGUCGUCGUCGUCAUCGUCGUCGUCGUCGUCGUCGUCGUCGUGGUGCAACAGCAGCUGCUGUAGCGGUGACGGUGCCCGUGCGACAGCGGUCACAGCGGCGGUGGCACUAAUAGCGCUGCUGCUACUGCUGCUGCUGUAGACGUAGCAGUGCGGUCGUCGUGCUGGUGGCAGAGGUUGUGACUACGUCAACGGACGGUGGCCGUUCUCUUGGUCUGCCCUAUUCUGCAGCUGCAGGCCGCUCUCGGUGCGGGCGCUGCUGGUGACAGGGCUGUACAACCGGAUCACGCUGGUGCCAACAGUCUCGUCAGGAGAAGUUCAAUUAAGCCGGCGGCAACAACAACAACAACAACAAUAACAACAACAACAACAACAACAGCAACAGCAACAAGAUCAAAAUUGACAUUGCAACAACAGUAACGGUCACUAGCGACACCUAUACGUCGUCGCCCUCGUUAGCUGUCAUCAUCAUCGGCGGCGGCGGCGGCGGCGGCGGCGGCAGCCGCAGCAGCAGCAGCAGCAGGACGUCGUUUAUUGCCAGUGGCUAUUGCUAGCAUCACUAUGAUUAGAGCCAUGCUUUAAUACUGCCUUUGUUGUUGCCGUCGUCAUUGUUGUUGUUGUUGCUGCUGUUGUUGUUGUUGUUGUUGUUGUUGUUGUUGUUGUUGUUAACGGUGAUGCUGAUGAUCCUGUAGCCGUCGGUGCUAUUUGUGUCUACGUUGUUGUUGUUCAUUUACUGGUCGGUAUCAUCGGAACUUCUUCAUUGCGUUGUAUCGCUCGCUGCCGGCUAGGCAGGCGAAAACGACCAACACUGUCGGUAUCCCCAACAGCGAAACAAUAUUGGCUCUCAUCCACUGCAUAUUUCCGGAAUGAGUUGAACUCUCCUGCUGCCAUACGCUGUUUAUGUGAAAGCAUACUUCUACGUACCAGUGAGUCCAUAUGCUCGUCUUGUGUUCGCCCACUUGUGUGACAUUCCCUUAACCUGGAGCAGUGGUCAGCUCUAGGAACAAGACAGGUCCACCAUCUUGUAGGUUCAGACAGCAUUCACAAGUAGCAGCAGCGACGACGACAGCAACACCAGUAGCAACUGUACCAGAAACAUCAACUGCUGCCGCCACCAACAUCACGGCUGCAACAAAAACGGCCGCGGCGCGGACAGCGUCAAUAGCAGCGACAACAAUAGCAAAAACCGGCGACAUCAGGAAUAGCGCCGCUGUUGUCGUUGUCGUCAUUGCUGACGCUGGCGACGACACGUAACCUAACGUAGCAGUUGCGUCAACAAUAGCCGUGAGGAGAAGCAAAUAAUUGUGGCAUUGCCGUCCUCCGGAGCUGCCUGGUCGCGUGUUCAUACAAUCGCUCUUCGUCCGCCCUCUUUCUCCCCCUCCUUUCACGUCCUCAGUUGCGUGUCAUUUGGUGAGAGUCGUGUCGUAAGUACACUGUUAACGAUUUAUUGGUUGAUCGAUCGGCUGGUCAGCGGCACCAAAUCGGCCGUUGUUGUUACUGUCUUACUUUAGCGCACAUAUUCGAGUAGCAGGCACGUGCGUAACUUUUCCCGUGCGCAUAAAUUAAAUGCUGGUAGAUCAUGUGAGUACUUGUGCAGAUGUGUAUCAUUGCAUCAGGCUAUUGUUGCCAGUUGAUGUCGAUCUGCCAGCUGGUGGAGAGUGCUAUAAAUGCCCCUGGCCGAAGAAAUCGGCCGAAAUUACCGACAGCGACACGAUUUUAACUAGAAUAACACACGGCAACAUUAAGUAUUAUUAUUAUUAUUAUUACUACUCCAUGUUUAAUGCGGUGCUUUGAUGGACUAGCCGGCAGAAAAAUAAGAAAGCCUAACGGAAGUAAUGAGUCGGCCUCUCUCCGCGAACGCGCAAAGACCUGUUAGGAUUCGAAUUGCAGGUGCUAGUCCUGCGAUUUUGAACAGAAAGGAAGAACGGUCACGAUUAUCGUAACUAUAAUUGAUACGUUUGUAUAUAGAUAUAAAUUUAUCAUUAAGGCCGUGCAUGUGUGCUCAGUCAAGUCGACAUCGCCGUGAGGUUGCGUGCUUUGAGCGCACGUGUGAUUUUGUCGAUCCUUCGUCUACAGAACAACUAUAGUGACAGUCACAACGGCGGCAGCAGCAGCAGCAGCAACAACAAUAGGCGCGAGAAUUGGAGAAGUAAAUACGGAGAAGAUUCUAGAAUAGAAGGAACAGAAAAGAGGCUGGAGCGUACGCUAUCGUCUGCAGCGAUUUUAUCCACCUAAUAAGUUUGUAGCAGUAGUUCCUCUUAACCAGAUCCGUCGUCGUCGUCGUCGUCAUCGUCAUUAUUGCUAUUAUCGUUAGCAGAAACAUUAUGCGACCAAUGGGCUGACCAGUUCAACCCCGGAGAGUUGGUGAUUCAAUUGCUCAUUUAAGCAGCCGCCAUCGCCGACGGUCGCCACUGGCAACUCGUCCUUGUCACAUCGACGUCUAACAAUAGUCCGGCAAAUUGCAUCAACGCCAUACCUGCUUACCUACCUACCUGCCUGCCUGCCUGCCUGCCUGCCUACCUACCUACCUACCUACCUACCUACCUAUCUAUCUGUCUGUGUACCUAGCCGCUUAUCUCUAUCGCUUAUUUCUAGAGAAAGCCAGCCAGCCAGCUGCAGCUGUCAAUUGGUGGAAUUUUGUGGUCAGUCAUCAUCCAACUGCCGCUAUCGCUGCUGCUGCUAGAAACAAAAUAGACCAAGCAACAGAUGUCGCUAUCAAGCCACGAGGAAGACGAAGCGCGAGAAAGAACAGCAGAGAAAUAUUUUCUCAGUCAUCGUUAUCAUUGACGUGAAUGGCAAUUUCACGCACAUUGGUCCCGGAUAGUGCCGACGCCGAUGUGUUUCCCUCGCAACCCAACAAUAAUCAGUGCAUUCGUAAACGUGCUGAAGCCGCCUGAGUGCAAGCUUUUCGGCUUUUCAUCGCCAUGUGACACUACGAAUAUCGUUCACAAGCGUCACACUACUACUACGAUGACGGUAGAGUUAUUUGUUUCACAAAAAACAUCGACGGCUUUACUGUUCCGCAGCCGUCCGUACUAAAAAGCUGUUGUUGAGCCUCUAUCUGUCGUAUCAGAAAUGCGUUCUUACUGCCGAUGGUGAUGUGAUCAGAAUCGAAGAAGCUUGUUGAUUGUCGUCGUUGUUCAAGUUUGCGUGUGUGCAUAUGUAUGUGUGAGUGUCGAUGUGCAGUGAUCGGUGGGUGUACAUCACUGCAACGACAGUCGCAGCAGCAGCAGCAGCAGCAGCAGCAGUGGGGUAGUAGGGCCGUGAAGUGCAGGCUCAAGAAUGGCGGAGUGGCCAGAGAACGUUUCUAGCUGCGAAAGGACUUCUGCCCUGUCUGAAAGCAACGACAUAAAUGGACGGGGAAGGACGGCCGUCGUCGCCGCUGCCGUGAGCGACAGCAGCGGCAGUAGCAGCAGGCAGAACAGUCCACUGCAACAAACUAGCAAUUCAACAACCCCGCUAGCAACAGCUGGCGGACAGCCAGCAGCUGCAAGUACAGCUGCCGGUGGAGGCGGUAACGCAAACAGCAAAAAUCAAUAUAACAACAAUAGCAGUAGACUAAGGGACUCGCCUAGUGCACAUAAUCGUAGUAAUAACACAAAUUGUGGCAAUGGUGAUAGUGUGAGUACCACGGCUGCAGUAGCAACAGUUGCAGGUGCUACAACAUAUGCAAAAAGAACGGCGUCAAAUCUACCUUCUACUAUAAAAGCGACAGUGACAACUACGACUGCCAGAUCGACUACUACCGAUAGUAGUGAUGCUGACGAUAGUAGUAACAAUAAAAGUAGUAGUAAUAAUAAUAAAUGUGCUUCGGUGGUUGUGUCUUCCGGUAAAAGUAAUGGCGGCUGCAGCAGCAGCAGCAGCAGCAGCAGUAGUAACGUUCUCCGAGCGGAAGCCGCCGGAUGGGUUCCAUCAGAACAUGUACAACAUAAUGGAUUACCAAUGACUGAAGUGACAGCAGUUAAGGAAAAGGCGGAAUAUCACGACGUGGCAUUUCGUCUCGCCAGAGUACGACAGCUGACUAAUAGCGGAGUUGGAAGAGAUUCAUCGACCUCAUCUACGCCUCCCCACUCAUCAGCAGCGUCGUCGUCAUCAGGUCUUCAUGUUGGAACGACGCCCCAGACCAUUCCCAUCGCUGCCGCCGCUGGAUUUCCUGUCCAGGCGGCGACACCUACCGCACAGGUUACAGCACCACCACCGAUUAUGGCUAGCUGCUCUACGACGACGACGACAGCAAAAAGCCCUCCGCGCAGCAAUCCUAGUCCCGUAGUGCAACUACCCUCGAUAUCCUCGCAUUUAAACAGUAGCGGGGGAGGCGCUGGACGAGCACCACGAAGUGCAACCCACCCUCGAUAUCAUCAAAGCGGUGCAGGUGGAGGAGGAUAUCACCAGGGGGCUGGGGGUAAUGUGGCUGCUGCUGCUGCUGCUGCUAGUAGUGGUGGGGCAAGUAACAAAUUCGGGGGUAGCCAUGAUGGUGCUGGGUGUCCCGAUGGUGGCAGUAGCCACAACCGACAACAACAUAACCCCCGACAACAACAACAACAGCAGCAACAUCCUCCUCAUACACAACAUCCUCCACCUCCUCCUCAGCCGCCGCCGCAACAACAACAACAACAGCAACAACAACAGCAGCAGCAGCAGCAGCAGCAACAACAACAACAACAACAAGGCGGUCUAUACUGUCCACCGGGCUCUCUUGGAGUCGGCGGGCCAUACGUAAUGGAUACUGCUGGUCAGCAGGUGCUCUACGUGCAAAUGGGUGAAACGGUGUACUUCCAGAUGGGAGAUACUGUGCAGUGCAUACCCGGACCAGCCACUGUACGGAUGGUAACAGGCGGAAGCGCGGGCGUAGCGUUGCCCCCUGUCAUGGCGAUUCCGCAGCCCGCCUACGACGAGAUGCUGCAAUUCCACAGUCCGCCGCAGUUCGUCGCGAUGCAUCCUCACGCUCAUCCACCUCCUCAGGUAGCGACCAUUUCUGGUCCGCAUCAUCACAGCCACAACCACAACCAUCCACAUCACAGCGGACCACCACAUCUUACGUCCCCUUUUAUGGCUACCCCUCUCCCGGGAGCACGACACCAGCAACAGCUCCCCCCCCCUCCCGGGGGUGGACCGUACCAGAUUCCCCUUGUGCCUCCGCCGCCUCCACAGUCGCACCAAGCGCCUGUAUCCUCAUCGCCGUACGAGAGCACUGCGGGUCCAGGCGCUGGCAGUACGCCCCAGGGUUCACCACACUCACCUGCUAUUUCCUAUGCGAGCUCGGCGUCGUCCGGAGGAAGCGGCGCCUCUUCCGUAAUCUGUGCUGCUAUCGAGCCUCAACAGCAAACAGCCCAACAAAGCUCUCAGCAACCACAGCAGGUGCAAUCGCAAGGCCCAUCCCCGACCUCGACACAGGUUCCGUCGCCAGCUGCAGCAACAACUAAUAGCGGUGGCACGACAGGUUUGCAGCAGCGGCAGAGUCCCCUCUUGCAGACUCCGACGCAGGCUGCACUCAGUCAUUCGGCCAGCCAGCCGUCGCCGAUAUUGCCAAAAGGCGGUGGCCAGGGCCAGUUGGGCCUCCAACAGGGACAACAAGGAAGUCAUCGUUGGGACGGAGGUCAACAUCCGCAUCACAUUACCUCGGGGGGCCGACUUCCUCAAAGGCAACAGCAGCAACACAUUCAACAUCUACAACAUCAGAGCGACAGCAAUUCGCUUCACCCACCGCAGGAUGGUGGAAUGAUAAUGGUCAAUGGGGGUGGAGUUGGCAUUGGCAAUCGGGAUCGAGGAAGCCGCGGUGGAUCCAGUCCCCAUGGGGGCCCAUACGGACACGAUGACGGUCUUCGUCAGUCGGGCAUGAUACACCAUGGUCAGCAAGGUCCUACCAGAUAUGCUCGUCCAGCGCCAAACUUCGGCGACGAACGUAGUCAUCGUCAGUAUAUGAAACUCCGAAAGAAGCUCGAAUCACGCACACAUACUUCGUCCGGUGGAGCCACACUCGGAGGUUUUAACAGCCGUGGACAGAAAGACGACACAAACAACAACAACAACGACACUACGACUAGUAGAAACAAUAAGUGCAAUGGCGGCACCGGUAUCAGUGCAUCUGAAAACAACUCAACGAAUCAAGUACAGCAUCCACACAAUGUAACUUUAACCUGCCAUAGCAACAGUGCGGCUGGCGGUAACAAUGGCCAUCACCACCAUGCCCAUCAUCACCAUCAACAACAGAUGUCAACAGCGGCGAUGGCGCCGCUAGCCACUACGGGGACAAUUAGCGGUAGCUAUAACAAUAAAGCUAGUAACCAUAGUAACAGCAGCAGCAGCAGCAGCAGCAGCAGCAGCAGCAGCAGCGGCGGCGGCGGCGGCGGCGGCGGCGGCGGCGGCAGCAGUGGCGGCAGCAGUAUGAUGACCAACAACAACAAUAACCUUAGCGGAAGACAGUCUUCUUCGUCGACGUUGUCGUUAACAACGUCGACAACGAUCGGACAUGGAACAAUUGCAUCAACCGACGGUAAUCGGAACUCGUUAAUGGCAAACUCUGUGAUAUUGAGCGGAAGUGGCGGUCAGCUGGAAAAGGAAGCUGUUCGCGGAGGCUGUAAAGGAGGUGCGGCUGGUGGCCACAAAGGCAGAGUGGCAGGUGGCCAGGGAGCGCAGGGACAAAGCGUUGGAGGGGUCGGCGAUGACACUUCGUCGGUUUCCGAGAGCAGCAGCAGCAGCAAUCAGGCCAACAAAAAAGGCAAUUCCAAGGUGAGCGCUGAAAUGGAGUUACGUGAGCUGUUGACGUGUGUAACCGCCCCAGAGGCAGUGCACGUACAUGCUCGAAGCGUGCUUGUCACCUGGAAUCCUCCCGACCCAACCAGCAGCCGUAUGGGACAGCAUAACUUCAAUGCCAUAAAUGUGGCAGCCGUCAUACCGGAGCUUUCUUACGAGUUGUACGUGUCAUUGGCACCCGGUGAAAAGAAUAAUGCUGGAGCACGGGAACGGGAAAGAGUUCGGCAGGUGGCCGCAGGACGAGUUCGAGAGUUUCGACUGGAGGGGCUGACUCCAGCUACCGAAUAUCAGGUCGCUGUACAGGCUGUGUCGGAUAAGAUAAAGGGUACGCCCUCAACGCCAUGUGUAUUCGAAACGCUCAAAUGCGAACCCAGCACACCACUACCGCCGAAGCUCGUAUCGCGCACCAAGAACAGUCUCGAACUUAAAUGGCUAUCAACUUCAGACAACGGUGCCAAGAUUACGGAGUACGUGCUGUUUAUGACUGAACUCAAGCUAUCGGUUUCGUCGGCUGCUGACGCCGCUGCGCAGGACUCUUCCGAGGAACCUCAUGGUGACUCCCAGGAGCGCCAGGAGGAGCAACUUGAAGUGUAUCGGGGUCCAAACAAGAACUUCAAAGUAUCGCGGUUAGCACAGAAUACGACGUACCAGUUUAGAGUUGGUGCCGUUAACUCUGUCGGCAACUCGGAACUCUCACAGCCUGUCUGCUAUUCAACGUGUGGGGCUGCCCCGCCGCGUCCAGAUCCACCUCAGCUCGUCCGUUUGGGCAGCGACUUCAUUGAACUGCGUUGGGAUGCACGAAACAACGAGACAUAUGGCUUAUACAUGAUGCAGGACGGCGCGGCACAUGGAUUCGUGGCGAUUUAUAACGGCAAAGAGAGUCAGUACCGUGCCAGCGAUCUUUGUCGCAGCACCAAGUACUGCUUCAAGCUGAAUGCACAAAACGAAGACGGUACGUCGGUCUUUAGCAACGUCGGAACUUAUGAAACCCGCCCCGAAGUUCCAGGAAAACCUGGUCGGCCAUCACCCACAAGCAAAGUGACACCACGUCAAUGCGUCCUUAGCUGGUCACCACCGGGCGAUUCUGGUGGUGCACCAGUUCAAGGCUAUUGUCUGGAGAUGUGUCCAGUAGCCCGUAACCAGCAAGGCUCCCAGCCGCCGUCUGAGUUCCAGCUCGUGUACACCGGCACCGAGCAUCGUACUCUCGUGGGCAAUCUUCAGCCGGGAAGCACGUAUCGGUUCCGUGUGUUCUGCUAUAGCGAAGCAGGGCAAAGCGCUUACUCGGAGCCGAGCUGCGUAUGCACCCCUUGUGAGUGUCCUGGACAGUGUGGCCGACCAACGCUUCAGGGAAAACCAAAAUCACAUUGGAUGAAGGUGCGUUGGAACGCCCCGGACAACGAUGGUGGAGGUGCAGUUUACCAGUACGAAUUGAAGCUGUGCAAACAGGACAGCCGUGCUGACUCCGAGGAGCCGACUCCAUCGCCAUCACCUGAGCGCACACUACGCGGUUCUCCGCGCCUUGACGUCUCGCAGUCACAAACCCCCUUGGAGAAUGGAGAUUCGCCCUGGCUCAUUGGCUAUAAAGGGCCCGAACAAGAAGCCCAAGUGUCGGGCCUUAUACCUGGAUCACGCUAUCGUAUAAAAGUUCGCGCCUUUAAUGCGGCUGGGCCUGGACCGUGGUCAGAGGUGCUAUCAACAGAAAGCGGACCUGGUUGUCCAGGGUCGAUCAAUAAUGCACGUAUCGAGUCAAACAGUGGAGGUAUCGUUGUCCUUGCAUGGGAUGCCCCCUCUAAUGAUGGCGGAGCUCAAGUCACUUGUUACGUUGUGGAACACAGAGAAGGUUCAAUGGAUAUGACGGAUUACGCCUUAAAGUCGGAAAAUUACGGUUUCACUGAGGUAAGCCGUGGUGAGGGCACCUUGUUCGAGAUGCGCGGUCUCAGUCCGAACACGACGCAGAACUUUCGAGUGGCUGCUGCCAACAGCGUGGGCCUAUCUGCGUGGUCAUCGUUGCUGACGUGUUGCACCCCCGCUGCAGUUCCGGCUGCUCCAGCCGCACCUCAGCUCGUUCACGUUGGCCACACUUCGGCCGUUAUUCGCUGGUCGCCGCCUUUAACCGAUGGAGGUGCGCGCGUUGAACGAUACAUCAUCGACGUGUCCACCAGCAAGGGAACGACAGGCUUAUCACUCAUCAAGGAGAUGCCUGAGAGACAGGCGCCUAGUGGUGACGAAAGCGAUGACGAGGAUGAGCUUGAAGAGGAUAAAUUGAGCUACGUCGUGAGCCCUCUUGAGCCGGAAACCAAUUACAGGGUGAAAGUGAGAGCCGUCAACCGAGUAGGCUUCUCAGCUGCUGGAACUAGCCUUAAACUGACGACACAUUGCGAACCUCCACCUCCCCCAUUGCUUGAGUGUUCCAUCGUCGGACACAACUUCCUCAAACUGGUCUGGCGCGCAGAAGAGACCGGACCACGAAGUCCUCACAAAACAGCAAAGGACAAUGGCCGUGAUGGCAGAGAUCACAAGUUUAUCCAGUAUUCAUUAGAGAUGGUUACUGCCAAUGGAGCGACUCUUCUGUAUCAAGGCCCCGUAACAUCGUUCAAGGUCGUCAGACUUAAAGAAAACUCGAAUUACGCCUUCCGGAUUCGCGCCUCGAACCUCGACUCGGAGGGUGAUUGGUCGCAACUUGUAUCGUUCUCGACGUGUUUCGCCCCGCCCGCGGCUCCACCCGCUCCGCGCGUCGAGAAAGUCUCAGGCGAAGGCGAGUUUAUUGUCGACUGGGCAGCUGCCACUUCACUAUGGAAGUUUGCCGAACCUUGUCAAUUCCUACUCGAGUUGGGCGAACACCAACAGACGCCUAGGGCUGCCACUGUCGGAUCGGGCCUGGGUGCCAGUGGCGGCAAUGGUGGGUCCAGUGCGGGCGGAAGCGUUGGGGCGGGACCAAGUAGUGGCAACAAUGGAAACGACGCGAUGGCCAUAUCUUCCAUGGGCGCCAGUGAACGCCCAUUAACCUGGACGGAAAUCUACCGUGGCAGCGAGGAGCGAACGCGCAUCUCGGUUGCGCCCAGUGCAUUCACUGGUGGUGCGGACGAGCUGCGCUUCGUUCGAUUGGCGCAGCUACGGCUCAUCGACGUUGACACGAAUAUUAAAAGCCCAUACUGCCAGCCCGUACCGCUGGUAGGCAGAGCCGCGAGGGCCAAGGCGUUACCGAAGGCGGCCAGACCGCAGGCUGUGGCCGAUCUGGCAUCGGUCGUCGGCGCGCAACAACACCAUCAUUAUCACGGUAGCGGCGGUAGUCAUGGUUACGGUCACGGCCAUGGUCAACAUCAACAAGGACACCAGCAUCAGGCGCCGCAGCCGCAGCAAUUCAGACGCAACAGCGUGCAGUCGGCCGCCGUCGAGCCAGCAAAAACCCCGCGGGCUAUUGGCCAGCUGGGAGAUCACCAUUGGGCAGCCAUUUUUGUGCUGGGCUUCGCGCUUGCUGCUAUUCUGGUCGCUUUCCUACUGGAGAAAUUCGUCCACGUUUCAAGUUAGAGUGGAUCAUCAUCACUGAGAGGAUAAUCCAACUGAACGUAUGAUGAUAUCUUGCGUUGAAAACUGUAGCACAAGUAGAAGGGGUGAACAUUUUUCGCAGCUCAUCAAAACGCCGUUCAACGAAUGAAUGAACUUACUAAACCUGUAAAAACAGUUACAGUCUUAGAGGUUUCAAUGGUCCAAAAAUAUAAUAGAAUCCAGCAACGUUGGCGUGCUGUUAUAAAGCAGUGACACUGUCGAUUAUAGGGAAACAGUAAGCAAACGGAACCUUGCAUAUAACUGAAUUGCUAGGAGUGAAUCAUAGCGUUGACUGAAUGUACCGACCAUAUAUUGAAAGGUGCUGCAACAUGCCCGAUAGCUGUACAAAAUCGAAACUGGUUAAGAGCGUAGACGGAUCGAACGAAGCCGAAGGGUGAAUUAGUGAAAACGUUACUAGAAGCAAAUGAAAAUAGAACAUGGUCAGAUGGGAAGUCGAUCGUAUGCUUUCUGUAUGUAUUAGGGAGAGAGCCCAUAUGGAAACCCGGUGAAUGUCUGUGCAGCACAAUAGGCAACGAUGACGGAAGUGAGGACGCACCACGUGAACACGCUACAAGUGUUCUCGCAAAAAGUGCAAUGGAUCUCCAUGCAAGAGCGUAUGAUUACGAUAUACGAAAAGCAAAUGGCAGGACUGCAUUAAAGCCAUUGAAAUUUUGAACAGUGACUCGCUCUGUUGCAGUUCGUUCUAAUUAGCAGAAACUAAUGAAAGCAGGCAACGAAACGUUAACGUGAGCCUCUGACCUAUUAGUUGUAUGGUUGUCUGAAUCGAGGGCGAUAUAUCAUAUUAAAAAAUAAAAAAAACCUUAGGUAGCGCCCGGGACAUUUCAUAGUGGUAGGUCGAGAGGUGUGUGCCUCGUGGUCGCCGAUUUUCUUCGCAUCGAAAGCGAAGAGUGAAGCACAAGGUGGUAGGAAUGAAGCAUAUGAUGAUGAUGUCAAGAACAAAUCCUAGAAGGCCAAACUGAUAUAGAGAGAAAGUUCCAUUGAAAGAAAAUAUGAACUAAAUGCGCAGUUUAUGGACAAUAAACGCGUAACCCAGCGGCUCUCAAGGAAAUCCCUUCGUAGCGCGCUGAUACCGACAUUUCACGAAGAAUUCUCAGCUCAGUCAGGAAUAAGAGAUAUGGCGGUAGCAAACGAAAAAAAAACAGCAAAUUAAAGCACUAGUAUUUCCUGCGGAAAAUUUUCUAGCAGGAUUGUCCUGUCCUGAGAGGGUUUGCAAGCGCGUAUGAAAAAGUGUCUUCUAAAGGAGUCAUCAGAAAGUCUCAUAUCAGGACGCCCCGCGGAACUUCACAAUUAAGCCUAUAAGAGGAUUUCUUGCAGAAAACCUUGCAGAGAGGCAUGUUGCACAAUUGAUUGUAACAUUGCCUUUCGCAGGAUUAUCUGCCAGAAACACCUCAAACAGAAAAUAUCUGAAGAAGGUUUUUUGCUUGCAAACCUAUCCAAAACGCUUCUUGUAGCAAGAUUCCCUGUAAAGAUAGGCAUGACGAAGGUUAACUAGAAAGUAGAUGCGGCGGGAUAUACGAGACGCUAUAAAAAAACGUGAGCCACAAUAUUAACAGUUACGGAAGCAGCAUACAUACAUAUAUAUAUAUAUAUAUAUAUAUAUACAUACAUAUAUAUAUGGAUAAGAACGACGCACGAGAUGGAGUACUCAAACAGUUGAGGAGCUACUCAGGAGAAGUCAUUAUAUAACAAUUAGAGUUACUAUAUGAAAUUACAA